CCAGCUGCUUCGCUCAUGUAUGCGUCUUGGUCACAGUGAAAUUUUUAGUCCAUCUCGACCUGAAUGAAGUGUGUCUGCUCCUUCUGCGCUCAGCGUCGACCCGUGCAUGCGAUGAGUUGAAGGGAGACAGCAAGGCUCGCCUUCCUCAUCCUUACACACCACAUCAUGCACACUUGAUUGGAUUGUAUGCACAGCACAUUCUAGCCCUGCACCUGCCCACCAGCCAGCUAGUUAGGAAACGGAAAGAAACACAAUCUCCUGGCUGUACUGAAGCAACAUCCUCUCUGUCGCGUGCCGAUCCCUUCUGCCGGCCCGCCCGCACGGCGAACACCAAGCACUCAUUUCUGCCCGACACUCGCCAUACGCGCCUACAGAGAAAAGGGAGCAGUACGACACGGCAGCGAAGAGAGAGGUGAGGAACAAAGGUAGGAUCACGCUUCACGCAGACACGGUGGGUCCCCACUACAAAAAGGCGACACCUCCCAGACACGUCACGAGCCCCUGGCCUUGUCUGUCAGCAGCAGCGGCUCAAUGAACUCCCACAGCAGCCGAUUCACCUCUGCGGGCCUCUCCAACAUGCAGUUGUGGCUCGUGCCCUCAACAACCUGCACACACACAGACAGACAUGUCCAUGUCCAUGCGCUUCUGUCUGUCUGUCUGUCUGUCUGGUCACCGACCUUGUGUGUGGCUGAGCCGCCCAGGUCUUUAUUGAGCUGCUCUGCCCCACUGACGGGCGUGAUGGGGUCUGUUUCGCCGGUCAGCAGCAACACUGACGGCUGCACUUCCAACCCACGAUACGACUCGAUGCCUGCACACGCCCACACGCACACACACACACAGAGAGAGAGAGAGAGAGAGCCAUCCAGAUCCACGGGGGCAUUCACAGAAACGUUGCACACGGGUCUGUAUGGUUGCUUCCUGACCUUGAUCGAUUCCCUGCUGCAUCGACGGCCCCACCCAGCCCUUGACCAUCCCCUUGAUCACAAACAUGGGGUUCAGCGACGUCACCUCGUUCUCAGACGCUAUAACCACCCUCUCCGUGUCAGGAUGGAACAGACUCCUGUUGCUCGCGUCGCGAAACAUCGGCCGGACCAGCUCCAGCACCGCCACCGGCAGAUUCAGCAUGAUGGCCGGCGGCUGAGAAGCGUGACGCGACGCGCCGAUCAACACAAGCCCGUUGACGGCCAUACGGCUGCCCUUGCCCUUCCCCUCUUGGUGGAGCGUUUGCAUCACCCUGAGAGCGUGCUGGCAGCCGUACGAGUGGCCAACGAUGACCGUCGCGCCCUUGCAGAACAGCUGGUAGACAGCCAGGCAGACACCCGCCAGCCUCUCGGCGGAGUAGUGGUCGAAAGAAUCGGUCGGUUUGUCGCUCUCCCCAGCGCCCGGGAGGUCUGGCGCCACUACUCGCAGGCCCCUCUCAGCCAGGAAGUCUACCUGGUGCUUGAACUGGGCUGCCCGGCCGCCCAUGCCGUGCAGGAAAAGGACAGUCAUCUUGGCCUCUUCAGGCCCUUCCAGGAUGACUCGAAGGCCGUAGUUGAGAAUGGUGAAGCGUUUGUUGCCGUAGCGGGCACGCUCUGCGGCGAGGGUGGGCGGGAGAGAUCCAGCAGCAUCGGCAGCAGGCGAUGAUGAAGUGCCGCCCAUGAUAGGUGCGAGCAGGAGGAAACAGCUCAAUAACGGUCCCUUUUCGAAAAAAGCGUGGCAGAUCUGCC